CUUGAAAGUGGCUUGAAUUCCCGGCAUUUCAGUUUUUUGUUCGUUUUCUCGUCGUCGUUGCGCUCCUCUGUUUGGCUUUCUUAUCGAUCAGGUCGGCAGGCUCUACUUGUGUUGCUGCCAUUGGUUCAAAAGAGACUCUGUGCCUCGACUAACAACGGAAGAAGAUAAAAAUGAGUUCGAGCGGUAAUACCGCUGCCCGUUCCGGGCCUGCUGGCAACACGACAACUGCGUCGAAGAGACCCAGCACGAAAAGCACGUCCGCACAGCCCAUGAUGAGGCGAAGAAAAACCAGGGGGACGAGUGGGAUUCUACGCACUAGAUCGCGACCAGGUUUGUCGUCAAGAGACAAAACGUAUUCGUCAACCCCUUCCCUCUCCACGACCGGCGCCCGCAAAUGCUUCCCACUAGUGUACGUCGCGGAUUUGAUUGUCAUCCUCACGGCGGGGAGAGAGCUCGCGCGACAGCGAGAUGAGUCUGAGCCGGCGACCGACUACCCGAUGCGGUUUCUCGCCUUUACCCACUGCAUCUCCUCGUUUGCCACCCACUGGUUCUUGAAUUGGCCGGACAACCGGUCCGGGGCGAAGAUUUCUUCUCUGCUACGACUCGUCUGCUUGGUCUUCGCGAUCAUUUUCAUGACGUAUUCUGCGCAGUCGAGCGCUUUGUUCUGCGGAAUGCUGGCGGUGAUUGUGAACGUCGUUGCGGUAGCGAUGAUUUGCAAACUGUAUCUGCGGCCGGAUGAGAUGCACGAGGAUUUUGAUGGAAAUGCGUACGGACUGGAGGAUGGUGAUUUCAAUCGAAGAAGUAGAACCAGUCGCAGGAAGAGCGAGAAAAUAAAAGGGCGAGACGAGCUAGGACAACCGGGAUCGAAAAUAACCGGGAAGACACGAAGAGGUGGGAUAAGUAAUGAAGAGUCGUCAUCGAGAUAGAUACAGAUGCAACUUCAUGUCGGUGUCCUCUUUUUGCGAAUAGAAAAUUGUCUUUGUACGGAGGAACAGAUUUUUGAUGAUAAAUAUGCAAGUAGAAGCAUCAUGUGGC